AUGAAUCCGUCUGAGAUGCUACAUGGUCAACCUAUUCCUUCAAGAGGGGGUCCGUGGAGAGACAUUUGUCAGCUACAAAUUCGAGAGCCACAAAUCAGAGAGCAGAUGAUUAGAGGCUUGUCAAUGGAAGUGGGAAACGGUAGAACGAUCAGGUUCUGGGAAGAUGACUGUUUAAAUGGUGGUGUCUUGAAGGAUUUGUUCCCUAGACUCUUCUCGGUUUCAAACCUUAUAGGAUCUGUUAUAGGUGACUACGAGUUCUGGGAUGGGUUAGAGUGGAUAUGGAGCUUUCAGUGGAGGCGACAGUUGUUCCAAUGGGAGUUGGAACUCUUGAACCAACUCCAUGAGAGACUGCGUUUAGUUAAGCUAGUAACAGAGAGAGAGGAUAGGGUGGUUUGGAAAUUUGAUAGAACUGGUAUCUUCUCUACUAAAUCCUUUGUGCAGGUCAUGCAGGAUGCAGUCCUUCCGGAGGAAGUAACAAGCUAUAGCUUCACUAGUGCUAUUUGGAGGGGUUUCGUCCCACCAAGAGUCGAAUUAUUUUCUUGGUUUGUUCUGAUUGAGAGGGUGAAUACCAAAGAACGACUGUGCAGAUUAGGGGUCAUUAACCCGCUUGAUAAUCUAUGUGCCUUAUGCGGUAAGUCUAUUGAGUCUGCUUUUCAUCUGUUUCUUGGGUGUGAGGUCACAUGGCAGGUGUGGGGUGCUUGGCUUUAUGCUCUUGGACGAGAAUGGUCUGUCCCAGGUACACUAAAGCAACAUUUUGAGAGCUGGACGACUGUUGCACCACGAAAGGAUGAGAGAAAGAGGUGGUUGAUUGGAUUCUUUGCUGUAAUCUGGACAAUUUGGUUGGAAAGAAAUAAUCGGGUGUUCCAGAAUAAAGGAUUAGCAGUUCAGGAAAUCACUAAUAGGUCCUUUGUGUUUUCCAACGAGUGGAUUGGUGGGGCAUCCUUUGGUUGUUGA